UUUAGGUGUUCAUCAUCUUCUUCUUUCCUCCACUUUGCAUGACUGUGCCUUACUGAAAUCAGGUUUGCACUUUGCAUGGAUGGAUCAUUCAAACGCCCAACACCAGGCCAUGGCUACGCACUCGCUAGAAGACAUGUUGAUUUGCCCGAAACCACAGCAAGAGAAGAGAGUGAGGCCUCAGCCUGAACAGGCUCUCAAAUGUCCAAGAUGCGAUUCCACCAAUACCAAGUUCUGUUACUAUAACAACUACAGCCUCUCACAACCACGGUAUUUCUGCAAAGCAUGCAGGAGGUAUUGGACCAAGGGAGGAUCACUGAGAAAUGUUCCAGUAGGCGGAGGUUGCAGGAAGAAUAAGAGAUCUUCAUCUUCAAAGAAGACACAAGACCAGACUCUCACCACCACCAACUCCAACCCACUCCCGACCCACCCACUCUUACCAUACGACUCCAAUGACCUCACCCUUGCCUUUGCUAGACUCCGGGAACAACCCACUAGGCAGUUAAGCCUUGACAACCACGACGCUUCUAUUCUGGGAAACCUCAGUACUACCAAUUGUGAUAUUCUUGAAAACCUCACCACCACCACCACCACCUCCACAACGACAAUAUCUCCCGGUUUUCUUGAUACACUCAGGAGUGGUUUUCUUGAAGCCCCAAGCGGUAUCAAUAGCCUCUAUUAUGGGCUUGGUAGCGGUAACAUGGGAGAGAUAGCAAGCGGUGGUGGUGAUGGUUGUGGAGAUGUGAUGUUGCCUUACGAGGAAAUGCUUGGAGCAACGACGACGACAGCAGCAACAAUAACAACAACAACAAAACAGGAGUUCUGUAAAGGUAGAGACGGUGAGAAUAGGGCCUUGUGGGGUUUUCCAUGGCAGCUUGGUGGAGAUGGAAGCAUGGGCGGUGUGGACUCAGGAAGAGAGUGCUGGAAUGGACUUGGGUCUUCUUGGCAUGGGCUUGUUAACAGUCCUCUGAUGUAGAUCUUGAUGAUGGUGGAUGAAGUUUCCAUAUUCAGAAGGAGGAGAUAGGAAGAUAGAAAACUAAUUGGGUAUUAAAAUCUUAAUUUCAUUUCUUCAGGGAUUUAUUAAAGGGUUUCUGGGUUCUUUCUCUCUCUCUCUUUUUUUCUCCCCCUUUCCGGGGUUAUUUUUCUGUUUCCUUUUCUUUGAUUGACUGUGAUAAACUAAUGAAAUUUCAUAUUUCUUUUCCAACCAAAGUAAGGAAUCUGCAGAUGCCGAGGCACUGUUUCUUUCUAUUAGAAGAAGAAAUUAAAAAGAGUGAUCAGAGCAGUGAUAUUUCAUGGCCUCUGAUAUCUGAGCUCUCUGAAGCUGAGUAAGAAUUCUGCAGGACCUUGGAUUUGAGCUACUGCAUGGGUGUUUCCAACAUAUUCUCUUCAUGAUUGCCUCUUACUUUGAUGUAGAUUCAGUGAUAUACGCAGAAAUACAAUAAUAAUUUAAAGAUGAUGCUUCUCUCCUCCCAAGUAAUAAAAUUUCAGUGAAGCACGGGCACUAAUUCCGGGGUAUAUUUUUCAUUCUAGAUAGCUGACCAAAUCAUAGUUAGAUUUGAGCGUGAGUGUAGUCAGUCGUUGGCACCAAAUUAUCUCAAUACAUAUUCUACGCUACAAUAACAAGAACACGUUCUGUUAUUUUUAAAUUA